UCCUCAAGGUGCAAAAUGAGGGCUGAGAGUGUGCCAUGUUGUGAGCUCGGAUUUUGGGUAUAUGUAAUUAUAUGUCUCGGCAUUGUGUUACUUGCAGGUAUCACGUCAGGCCUUGCUUUAGGACUCUUAUCAUUCAGCCAGGUUGAUCUCGAGGUCCUUAUCAAGGCUGGUAAGCCCCGGGACCAAAAAAAUGCAGCAAAGAUUCUGCCCAUUGUAAAGAAUACGCAUUUACUACUGUGUACACUCCUGAUAGUCAAAACAUUAGCGAUCGAGGCACUGCCAAUUUUCUUAGACUCUAUGCUCCCAGAUUGGGCUGCCAUUUUAGUGUCGGUCAUUCUUGUUCUUGGAUUUUCUGAGAUCAUCCCUCAAGCUGUGUGUGCUCGAUAUGGACUAAUUCUUGGUGCUAAUUUAUCUCUCUUGGUUCGCCUUCUUCUGCUGUUCUUGUAUCCUAUAGCAUACCCGAUUAGCAAGCUCCUAGAUUGCCUGCUAGGGAAGGGGCACUAUGUACUCUUAAGACGAGCAGAGCUGAAGACAUUAGUAGAUUUGCAUGCCGAUGAUGCAGGGAAAGGCGGAGAUUUGUCACAUCACGAGACUGCUAUUAUAACUGGUGCUUUGGAUUUGACACAGAAGACUGCUAAAGAUUCAAUGACGCCCAUAUCUGAAACCUUUUGUCUAGAUAUUAAUUCCAAGCUUGACCUGUAUACAAUGGGACUAAUAGUGAGCAAAGGACACAGUCGUAUACCCAUCUACUCUGGAAGCCGAAAUAAUGUUAUUGGCAUCAUUCUGGCAAAAAAUUUGAUCUUUUGCCGUCCUGAAGAUGAAACUCCUAUCAAACAUAUGAAUAUCAGGAGAAUUCUUAGGGUCCCUGAAGAUUUGCCACUAUAUAAUAUGCUGAGUGAAUUCCAGAGUGGUCACAGCCAUAUGGCUAUUGUCGUAAAGAGCAAGACGGAUAUGAAGAUUUCUGUUAGUGAUGAUGAAGUAGGAAAGUCUACUAUCUUGAAUAUUGACAUCAACUCAAAUUCAGAACAGAAGAAAGGAAUCAGAUCUAUAUACGAUCAGAAUGCAAGUAUUGGUAUCACAAAUACUACAUCUAUGAGCUCGAGCGACGGAGAAUUCAAAAGUCUACCACUUAAGACUGUAAUUGAAGAGGAAAAAGAGUUGCAUUUGCACGAGAAACUCUCCGAGCAAGGGGCAGGAGACAUUGUACAUGAAGAUUUAGAAUUUAUUCCAAGCAACUUGGAUGAAAUUGAAGAGGUUAUUGGUAUUAUAACAAUGGAAGAUGUUAUGGAGGAACUGUUACAGGGAGAUAUCUUGGAUGAAACUGAUGAAUAUGUUGCUGUCCAUAACAAAAUUAGAAUCAACCUGCCAAUUUCAAGAACGUCAUCAGGAUCUUUCAGAAGACCUUCCUUUUCUCAUCAUAUUCAUCGGAUAAUUCCGGAGCCAUAGACUCCCUCUUCUGAUAGUUGCAUACGUACAUACAUUCAGCCACCACCUGAAAUAUCAACUCUAUAGGAAUUUCUGAAAUUAGAUUAAUUCUUUAGCUGGAGUUUGUGGAUGUAGCCAAGACAUUCUAGCUAGUGAUUCUUGAAGCUCAUAUUAGCAAAAAAGAUCAUCUCAGGUCAAAAUAACUUAAUCCAAAUAUUCUUUGAUGUAUUAAUUUAUGGUAUGAUACUAAUUUCCUAUCAAGUUUGUCUGUAAUUCAUUUGGCACAUUGGCGGCAACGCCAUAUAUUGCACUUAAUUUGCCCUUGCAUCGGCGACGGAAUCAAAGACUAAAAGUGAUGAGUUUUGUUCCAUCACCGAAUUUGUUUUA